AUGUGGCUUGUCCUUCCCCGCAAGCCACACAGAAAGUCGGCUGGAGAGGUCCGAAGUGGAUCGGCGCCGCGCCGGUGCGAAGAGCGAGGGCAGCGAUCCUCGGAGGAGGAUGGCGGGGUUGUGAUGAGCAUCAAGUGUUGGUGGUUUUUGUGGUCCCCGUUGGAGGGGCAGGACACGAGAGGUACUUCUUACAACAUGCUUCCCCUCUCUUCUCUGUCUCAUCUGCUCCUGCUGUCCAUCUUCUCUUUUGUCGUUUACCAGAAACGGCUCUCCUCUUGCACCAACAUGUCUGGAACCUCGACGUAUAACCCCGCCGCCAAACAUUUUAUCAAUGACCCCAAUCACUUGGUACUCACGGCUCUGAGGUCAAUCACUCUUGCCAAUCCUUCGGUCGCCCUCGAUGCAGAGAACAAGAUCAUCUUCCGUCGUGGAGAUGCAGGUCUCUACAAGGCUUCCCAAGUAUCAGUCGUUUCUGGUGGUGGUGCAGGACACGAACCAUCUUUCGCGGCCUUCGUCGGACCUGGUAUUCUGUCUGGAGCAAUCUCUGGAACCAUCUUCGCUUCUCCCUCCGCAGAGCAGAUCAGAAGGUGUCUCUUGAGUCGUGUUGACACGGCAAAGGGUGUUUUGGUCAUUGUUAUGAACUAUACUGGUGACGUGCUUAACUUUGGUAUGGGAGUCGAGGUAAGCUUCUCUAGCUGUUCGGUCAAUGGAAAAAUACUGACCCAUGUUUCAGNNAAAGCAAGAGCGACAGGAGUCGACAUCGAGAUGCUUGUUGUUGGCGACGAUGCCGGUGUUCCUAGAUCAAAGGGCGGCAAGGUCGGCAGAAGAGGUAUUGCAGGAACUGUGCUCGUGCAGAAGAUUGCUGGAGCACUAGCCGCUACCGNNGGUAUAGCGCCCCUCAAAGACGUACACCAUGUCGCAAAGCUGGCUGCUGACAAUAUCGUCUCCAUCGGAUCUUCUCUCUCGCAUGUUCACGUUCCUGGUCGCAAAGUCACCGAAGCUGGCGAAGACGAACUCACUUUCGAGGAGGUCGAGAUUGGAAUGGGCUCCGAACGAACGAAAGCAGAUCUCCCCGAUCUGGUCGAACAGAUGUUGGCACACAUGCUAGACGAGGAAGACAAAGAACGCGGUUUCCUCGAGGUUUCCAGCGAAGACGAGACGGUGGUCUUGAUCAACAACCUUGGUGGUGUGAGCGUUCUUGAGAUGGGUGGCAUCGCUGCCGAAGUGUUGGACCAACUCAAGAAGCACUACAGCAUCAGACCUGUCAGAAUUCUCGUUGGCACUUUCAUGACUAGUCUGAACGGCAUUGGUUUCAGUAUCUCUCUGCUCAAGCUUCAGGACACUGGCUUGGACAAAUCUAUGCUGCAGUUGCUUGAUGCUCCUUCGGAGGUCACUGGCUGGGCCACACCUAUCAGCACGGCGACCUGGGAGAACAAGUCAAGUGCUGCAGACCGAAGAANNAAGACUGCUAUAGCUGAUGGCCAGCAAGACACAUCUAGCAACCNNUUACACGUAGGUUUGCUGCCCCAUCUGCUCGAUACUCGUACUAAAGUUUCCACAGUCAACACUGAAGAGGCCAAGAAAGUGCUCAAGUCAGGUCUGGAGCGCGUAAUCGCCGCUGAACCAGAUGUCACUCAUUAUGACACCAUUGUUGAGCUUCGUUGCANNGGUGAUGGCGACUGCGGCAUAGGUCUCAAGCGUGGUGCAGAUUCGGUGCUUCAGCUCAUGUCAUCCGAUUUGGACACGACAGACGCGGCGAUUUUCCUGGGUCGUAUAGUCUCUGUGAUCGAGACGUCAAUGGAUGGAACCAGUGGAGCCAUCUACGCCAUCUUUUUGAACGCUUUGGCUGCUGGUCUACGUUCCCAGUCGCCAGACUCUGGAAAGAAGGAAGUGACAACCGAGGUUUGGGCUAAGGCUGCUAAGCAGGCUCUCGAGGGUCUUGGUAAAUACACACCAGCCAGACCAGGUGACAGAACUCUGGUAGACGCACUUGAGCCCUUCAUCGAGCAAUUGGUAGCGACGAAGGAUCUGAAGAAGGCAGCUCAGGCAGCCAAGGAAGGAUCAGAUGCCACCAAGGGAAUGAAGGCCAGUCUCGGAAGAUCAGUGUAUGUUGGCAAUGAGGGUUUCAAAGAGGUCCCUGAUCCUGGUGCCUACGGUCUUUCCGAGUUCCUGACUGGUCUCGCUGAGGCGUGA